AUGGCUGCCGGCGAUGAUAGUUUCGGCCCUCACUUGCCUGGAUACUUUGAUUUCACUCUGCUUUUUGAGCAGAGCCUUUUAUCCCUUGUUCCGACCGGCAUUUUCCUCCUUGCCUGGUCAUGGCGUAUCCGUCGCCUUUGGCGCCGGAAAAACAUUGUUGGCUCAUGCGAAUUACGGAUUGCCAAAUUGGUCCUCUGUGGUUGUUUCACGGCGCUACAGAUUGUCAUCCUCGCGAUCUGGUGCCUGCCCAGCACCGUCAGGGCCAGCACAUCGAUUGCCGAAGCCGUGUUUGGCGUUAUUGCCGGCUUCUCUGUCACGGGCCUGUCGUAUCUGGAGCACGCGCGGUCGGUUCGGCCGUCGUUGCUGCUCAACUUUUACCUGCUCAUCACCGCCAUCCUUGACCUAGCCAAGGUCCGGACCGCUUUCCUCAGGCCGGGCAAGCACACCUUGGCCAGUCUCCUAGUUGCAGCCCUAGUCAUAAAGGUCAUGCUUUUUGUGGUCGAAGAAGUCCCCAAGAAACCUAUUUACUCGGAAAAGCCGGUACCUAGGGAGAGCAGCGCUGGAGUGGUGAGCCGCAGCGUUUUUUGGUGGUUAAACAGAUUUCUCAGAACGGGAUACAAGACCACCCUAGAUGUUGACGAUAUUGGCAUUAUAGACGAAAAAUUCGAUUCGCAGAGACUGUUGCUACAGUUGGAGGAGGCUUGGGAUAAAGACAGCAAGCAAGGAAAAUUCAGCUUGAUCAAGUGCACGUUUCUGGCCUUUAAGGGGCAGUUCGCUGCUGGAAUCGCACCGCGCAUUCUGUUUAGCGGCUUCACGUUUGCGCAGCCGUUUCUGAUUAACACGGUUGUCGAUUUUGUCGGCCAGCCAGACGAAACAAGGAAUAUGGCCUCAGCCAAGAGUCUCAUCGCAGCGACCUUGUUGCUCUAUGUCGGCCGUGCAGUCGCCGGGGCGUGGUAUAAACAUACGACCUUCCAGCUCUUGACCAUGUAUCGCGGUGCUCUUAUUUCGCUGGUCUUUAAGAAGACGCUAGAGCUGGACCAGCAAUCAGUUUGCGAGUCGGCCCCGGUUACUCUUAUGAGCACCGAUGUCGAGGGCAUUGCUACUGGUGCAAUGACCAUUCACGAUAUUUGGGCCAGCUUGAUAGAGCUCCCCGUUGCGCUUUACCUCCUCUACCGGCAUGUCGGAGUCCCCAGCUUGUUUAUUCUGAUUCCUGCUACUGUUACUACGAUUUCUGGUGCGAUGAUAUCACCGCACAUGGGCCCUGCUAGAAUGCAAUGGAACAAGACCAUACAGGAACGUGUUGGGGAAACGUCCAGGAUGCUCAGUCAGAUAAAGGGCGUCAAGAUGAUGGGCCUAAGCAAUUGGUUUCAUAAUCGCCUGCUCCAACUUCGUGCAGACGAACUAGAAUUAUCGACAAGGUUUCGAUGGCUUCUCGUUUACAUCAACGGGUUUGCUGCUGCAUCGCAGGCAUUCACACCAGCGGUUGUGAUUCUCGCCGCUAUCUUCUGGACCAAGUCGCGGCAGGGGUUGAGCGUUGCUGCAGCCUUCACUUCGCUGUCUAUUAUUACCAUCGCAGCUACGCCCAUAAUUCAAAUUCUAGUCUCUCUGAUGCAGAUAUUCGGCGUGAUUGGGUGUUUCACCCGUCUUCAGGUAUUUCUGAAGUCUGAGUCGAGAAGGGACCCGCGACAAUGGAUUUCGUCCACCGCUUCUACCAAUUCGUUGGCACUACCAGAGAGCCUCGGUCUUUCACCAGAAAAAUCCCUCAUGGCUACCAAAGACGCUCUCAAACUUGUUGCACUGCCAUCUAACAAGACUGUUCGCCGAAGCGGCCCGAUGUUGAGGCUCGUAGAUGCCACAUUCUCUGUGGAUGACGGCACAGAGGUACUUGACAGUAUUGACAUGACCAUUGAGCAAGGCACCUUUUCAAUGGUAGUCGGACGCGUGGGAUGUGGCAAAUCAUGCCUACUGAAAGCAAUGGCCGGUGAAGUUCCGUUGAAGUCCGGGACAAUUGAGACUAGGCAACGCAGCCUGGCGUAUUGCGACCAAACACCUUGGGUCACAAACGUCAGCGUAAAGGAUAACAUUAUCGCGCAGUCAGAAUACGACCAGCAGUGGCUUGCAACUGUACUCCACGCAUGCCAAUUAGACGUGGAUGUGUCUGCGUUCCCCAUGGGAGUGGCGACCAUCGUGGGAUCAGGAGGCGUUGCACUGAGCGGCGGUCAGAAGCAGCGCGUGGCCAUGGCGAGAGCAGUAUACUCGCGCAAAACGUUUGUAAUUCUCGACGACGUCUUCAGCGGCCUGGACAACAAGACGUCACGCGCCGUCUUCCAAAGGCUGCUUGGAAGUGGCGGCCUGCUACGUAAUGACAGGCAGACAGUAGUUCUUGCUACUAAUAACGUCAGCUUCCUUGAGGCGGCAGAUUACAUCACCAUGUUGGAGCAAGGUAAGAUUGUCCGCAACCAGGUGCAGUAUUCGGCCUUUGAUCAACAGGACUGGGGUAUCAACCAAGACGAGACCGAGUCGAAUGACUCCUCAUUUGAGGUUGACGGAAAUGAAUCCAGUCGUCAUGCAAAACGACGAGAGGCGGACCGAGCCCAGGCUACGAGACAGGCCGAGGCCGAGCUCAGCCGCCAAACAGGCGAUAUUGACUGUUACAAAAUCUACCUCAAGUCGAUGGGACUGCCGGUUGUCACUGCUACUUUGAUCCUCGUCAUUAUCAGCGUGGCUGCGGAUAAGAUGCCCCAAAUAUGGCUGCGCCUAUGGACACAACAUGGCACUACCUCUACCUCUGAUAAUCUAAGCUACAUGGGAGGCUACGUCGCGUUUAUUGUCCUAGCCAUGAUUGGCGGAGUGGUCAACAUAGCCUUCUUCGCCAUUAUUGGCAUUCCCAAGUCUGCGAAGCGCCUUCAUGCCAUGUUACUGGCCGCCGUGAUUCAAGCCCCCUUUCACUUUUUCACUUGUACGGAUAACGGGUUGACUCUCAACAGAUUCAGCCAGGACAUGAGUCUGCUUGAUCAAGCCUUGCCCUUUGCAUUUAUUGCGACCGUUGCGGCCGUGGUUCAAGCCAUUGCCGAGACGGCAAUCAUUGCUUCUGGAUCAUCGUACAUUGGCGCAAUCUUGCCCGUUUGCUUUGUAGCUGUUUACUUGAUCCAACACUACUACCUCAAAACAUCUCGCCAAGUUCGAAUCUUGGACCUGGAGAUGAAGUCGCCGUUAUACACGCAUUUUACGGAGACUCUGGCCGGACUCUCCACCAUUCGCGCAUUUGGAUGGACUAUGGCGGCAAAGGAAGAAAACCUUUGCAGACUAAAUACGUCCCAAAGACCUUACUAUACCAUGUUUUGCAUCCAGCGGUGGCUCCAAGUCAUCUUGGAUUUAUUUACUGCCGGUAUGGCGCUCGUGCUUGUUACAUUCGCAGUCAUGUUUCCAUGGACAACCUCGAACGGUGCCAUCGGCUUGGCCAUGGUAAACAUAAUCAGCUUUGAAUUUACGCUUUCCAUGGUUAUUACCCAGUGGACGCAGCUGGAAACUUCACUUGGCGCCAUUACCCGGCUAAAGUGGUUUAUAAAGAACACGCCCAGUGAGAACAAGCGGCAAGAGAAUCAGGAGCCGCCUCCCGGUUGGCCGUCACGGGGUCUAAUUGAACUUGAUAAUGUGACUGCUGCUUACAAAGACGGUGCCGAUCCGGUUCUGCUCGGCGUCAGUCUUACUAUUGAGCCAGGACAAAAAGUCGGAAUCUGCGGCCGAUCUGGAAGCGGCAAGUCAUCUCUCGUGGCCACGCUGGCCCGCCUUCUCGAAUUGCAGCCCGGAAGCACGAUUCGCAUUGACGGCGUCAAUCUUGCCACUGUACCAAGACAAACGAUCCGGUCACGUCUCCUUUCGCUCCCGCAGGAUGCGCUGCGCCUGGCAGGAACCGUCCGCCACAACCUCGACCCGGAGCAAUCUAUCCAAGCUGACGAAGCGCUUAUAGAGGCCCUCACAAAGACGGCAAUCUGGCCCUAUAUUGAAGCCAAGGGUGGUCUCGAGGCCAAAGUAGAAGAUUUAAGAUUCUCCGCUGGACAACUGCAGCUAUUCUUCCUCGCUAGAGUAGUCUUGCGACACGGCAGAGCUGCAGGCGCUGGUGCAGUUAUUCUCCUUGAUGAAGCAACAAGCAGCGUGGACCGCCGCACCGACGACCAGGUUCGCGAUGCUAUUAGUGCCAACCUGGAUGGGCGCACCGUGAUAGAGGUUGCGCAUCGUCUUGACAUUAUACGUCACUAUGAUGUUAUUGUUGUCAUGGCUGAGGGGAGAGUUGUCGAGACCGGUCCUCCUGAUGAGCUCCUUGCACAGUCUGGGUCUGAAUUCGCGGCGCUGUGGGCAAGUAGAGGUCUGUAA